AUGAAAGCAGGCUUCCAAUCUGGAAGUAGGACAAGCUCACUAGGAUCAGGGAGUGGACAAUACAAGUGGCGAGUCAAGGAAUCUACAUCUACCAUCACCACCAGAUCAGGAUUGAGGACGGAGGAUCCAUUCCCGUUCGAGUCAGAAAGUGAAAAGGAGUGGAAUUCGUCGACAGAGGAGAACCUUCUCUGCAGCACAAAGCAUCUAAAAUACGCUAGAGCUUACAUUGACUUUAACAAGUCAGAUGAUGUGAUUGAGUUUGCCGAGGUUUUUAAGGGCCAUGUCUUUGUCAAUGAGAAAGGUACACAGUUUAGAACAAUUGUUGAGUAUGCUCCUUCACAACGUGUACCGAAACAGUGGUCCAAGAAGGAUGGCCGUGAAGGGACUAUAUUGAAAGAUCCUGAAUACUUGGAGUUCCUUGAAUUUCUUGCAAAGCCCGUUGAGAAUCUUCCCAGUGCAGAGAUACAGUUGGAGAGGAAGGAAGCAGAACGAGCUGGUGCUCCAAAGGAUGCUCCUAUAGUCACCCCGUUAAUGGACUUUGUUCGUCAGAAAAGAGCUGCAAAGGGUGGAGCUCGGAGGACUGUGAUGAAUGGAAAGACGGCUAGGAGAGGCGGUGGAAUGUCAUCUAGGAAUCCAGUCUCUGGUUCUUCGAAAAGAGGCUCAGAGAAGAGGGCAUCUACUACUAUGUAUGUAUUAAGGGACAUUGUUUGUAAUGUUCUUGUGUGUGGUACAGGAUCCACUGGUCUCGGGAAGAAAAAAAUCCUACUUCUAAAAGGAAAAGAAAAGGAAAUUCCUAACGUUUCUGGCGGUCUGUUACUGCAACAGAAUACAGUCUCUCCUGACAAAGCUGCUACCCCAAAACAUAAUCAGCAGCGUGAAGCUAGUGGAAAGAUAAUCAGGAGCAUUCUUCUCAGCAGGGAUACUCGUCAAAAUCAACCAUCUUUGGGAUCACAAUCAGAACUGCUUACCCAGUCUCCUAAUCAGGAAAGAGACAAGAAACCUCCUCGACCCCCAAGUCUGCAAUCACUUCAGAAGGAUACAAAUGGGGUUCCUGAGGAUAAGUUAGUCUCCAAUGAUUUGCAUGCCGGUCCCACAGAGAAGCAGGAAAGGCGGGCAAGGAACAAGGAUAGACCCGAUCGUGGUGUUUGGACUCCACUUCGACGUUCGGAUGGAUUACAUGCAAGUGAUGACUCAUUAUCCUUGUCUGCUUCACAGAUAUCUGAAGUAGGGGAUUCUGCCGAAGGAACUCAUGUGGAAUCAAAACAAGAUAUACUGGUCACACGUGGUGGUGGUCGUGGUAGGCGUUACUCAUCUGACAAUGGAAAUACUGUAGGGUCUUAUAGGCAUGGGGUUCGACGUGGCUCAGCUUACAAUGUGAAGGAAGGAGAUGGCUCUUCUGCUGUAGAGGGGAAAUCUUCAAAAAGGGGAGGUUCUUCUGGCUAUGCUUCUCAAGAGAAACAAGUGUGGGUCCAAAAGUCCAGUUCAGCUACCUAGUUUGGUUGCAUAUGUGAAAUGCUUUUGUGAAUUGCCAUAUUGAAGCAUAAAUCAGGAUGCCUGAGAGAAUAUCCUGCAUAUGCAGUGUAUGUGGAGACAGACGUGUUUUGCUUGGAAGCCCAUAGAGGCCUUCAGUUUUGCCUGAAUGCUACAGAUGGUGUAUUUACUGCUUGGUGGAUUAAGAAAUUAUGAUCCUAAGUUGAAGAUGGACAGGGAAAAGAGCAAGAAGUUGCGAAGGUGAAUUGUCGAGCAUAUAACACCACAAUAUUGAUCGGUGUCCCUUUGGUAGGUUUAUACUAAUUGACAGGCUUUGCAUCUCCAAUUCUUGCCAUUGAUUCACUGGCUAUCAGGGAUGAUGACUUCGUUCGCUGAACUGUAAAUACAAAUCUGAAGUGCAGUGUACUGCUACUGCUAUAUAUAUGUUUUGUCCAGCAGUCUUCUACCUGGGUUCAGUAAAUUUAUGAUUAUAGACCCUGGUUAGUACCGGGAUUUACUGUAUCCAGCUUUUGCUUAAACCCAGUUGUAAGUGGUUUUAGUUGUAUGAUACCCAACUAAACUUUGUGUGUAUCUUGAGGAAAAGGGAAUUGAGAAUGACUGCCAGAGCUUGACAGUGUGCUCUUAGCUCAAAUGCUUGUUGAUUUGAAUGAGAAAUAGAAUGAGCAUUUCAUGGCA